UGUGCAUUUAUCCCAUGACAGAGAGGAUGACAGUCAAAAUCACCAGGAGUUUAGAGGUGUCAACACCAGCGGCUACAGAAACACUCACAUGAACGACUUUGGAUCUCUUGAAAACUGGUUUUCAUGACAUGUCCGGUUGUAUUUAAAGGAGUGAAGACAUGAUGAAUGGAGAAACAAAGAUUUUAACUUCGGAGGACACAGAGAAAGGAGGGGCCGUAGUCACAGGAAUCAAAAAUCCUGCAAUUAAAGUGCAGGAAGGAAAUCAGUUUGUUUCUGCAACAAUUCAUCUGGACCACCUCAGUGAAGAUGAUGUGCUAGAACUGAUCAGAAUCAUUAAGCCCUAUGACAACAACCUUGAACUUAAGACAACAAAAGACCUAAAAGCAGGAGUGUCCCUUGGUGAUCUCCGAUUGAACAGUGAGGCAGGACUUCAAGCACCGGGUGUUCAGGUUAAUGGGCUAAAUGGACAGAUAAAUGCCCCAAGUCUCAAGGGUGGCAUCUCAACCCCAACAGUAAAUGCAGAAAUGCCACAGAUGGAGCUAAAGGAUGCCACACCAAACUUCAGCCGCCCAGGGUUCAAAAAGCCAACUUUUGGCAUGUCUGCACCAAAUCUCGAAGGAGCAGGUCUGGAUGGCACAUUAGAAGCACCUGAUGUCAGUGUCUCCACCCCUAGUCUAAACACUCUGGAUGUUUCUGUUAAUGUGGAUAAACCUGAAUUGAAGACAAAAACGUCUAAGUUCAAAAUGCCCAACUUCAGUUUACCAGCUAAAAAACCAAAGGUUAAUGGUAAUGUGAAUUUAACCACCCCAGACAUAAACGCUGACCUAAAAACCCCCGAUCUAAGUCUGUCAGCCCCAAAGAUUAAUGGAGAAUUUAACACCCCUGAAGUAGACAUGACCUUGCCAACAACUGAGCUCAGUGGUCCAAACCUGGACAUUGAAACACCAAAAGUGAAUAUUGAACCUCCUUCUAACAAGUUUAAAUUUCCAAAAUUAAAGAAAGCAAAAACUACAAAAGUUAAAGUACCAGAGGCGACUGUUGAUGCAAAUCUAAAUGCACCAAAUCUUGCACUUUCUGUCCCGAAAUUAAAUGCAGAUGUCAGUGCACCAAAUGUUGACAUUGAUCUGCCAAGAGCCAAUCUUGAAGCUCCAGACAUAGAUAUUCAGACUCCUGAUGUCAAUAUAGGUGCUCCCUCUGGCCAAAUUGAUGUUCAUGCUCCAUCUGCAAAGCACAAGUUCCCAACUCUUAAAAUGCCAAAGCUAAGCUCAAAUAAAUCAAAGCUGAAAACUCCAGAUCUAAAUGCAGGGAUACAAGCACCAGACAUGAACAUGUCAGCUCCUAGGGUAGAUAUGAAUCUGCCAAAAGCUGAACUGGAAGGACCUAAUCUAGAUGUCAAGGCACCAAACCUCAACCUCUCUGCACCAGAUCUAGACAUUAAAACUCCAGCUGUUGAUGUGCAGGCACCAGAUAUUGACAUAGAAGCUCCAUCUGGAAAGCUAAAGAAGCCGCAUGUUAAACUGCCUAAAUUAAAUAUAUCUGGGUCAAAAAUUAAAGGUCCAGAUGUAGACCUCAAUGCACAGGGAGAUCUCCAAGCACCAAACCUCAACCUCUCUGCACCGGAUCUAGACAUUAAAACUCCAGCUGUUGAUGUGCAGGCACCAGAUAUUGACAUAGAAGCUCCAUCUGGAAAGCUAAAGAAGCCGCAUGUUAAACUGCCUAAAUUAAAUAUAUCUGGGUCAAAAAUUAAAGGUCCAGAUGUAGACCUCAAGGCACAGGGAGAUCUCCAAGCACCGGACCUAGACCUAAAAGCUCCAGAUCUCAGUCUUUCAGCACCCAAAGUGGAAGGCAAAUUAACUGGUCCAGAUGUGAAUCUGAACUUGCCAGAUGCUAAUAUCAAAAGUCCAAAUGUAGAUCUCAAAGCUCCAGACACUGACUUAAAUGCUCCUAAAAUAGACAUUGAUGCCCCCUCCGGCAAAGUCAAGCUACCUCACUUGAAGUUUCCCAAGUUUGGUCUUUCUGGACCUCGGGUUAAAACGCCAAAAUUAGAUGCACCUGAUGUAGAUGUGAACAUCCCUACAGCAGAACUCAAAGGACCUAAUGUAGAUGUUAAAACACCUGAUCUUAGUCUUUCCAUGCCUAAAGUUGAAGGUGACAUUUCUGCUCCCUCUUUAGACAUUGAUUUGCCAAAAGCUGACUUAAAAGCUCCAACUGUGAAUAUUGGGGGAAAGUCACCAAAUCUCUCCACUCCAGAUGUAGACAUAAACUUGCCAAAAGCAGAGCUUGAAGGACCUGAUGCGAACCUAAAAGUCCCAGAUGUUGACAUUAAUGCUACAUCUGGAAAAUUUAAGAUGCCACAUUUCAAUUUGCCAAAACUGAAUCUGUCUGAGCCAAAAGUAAAAGGGCCUGAGCUGGAUGCUAAUGCAGAUCUAGAUCUCUCAGCUCCCAAACUUGAAGGAGAAUUAACUGACCUAAAUCUUCCCAAAGCUGAGAUCAGUGUGCCUGAUGUGAAUGCAACUUUACCAAAAGCUGAAGUCAGUGUCCCCAGUGUAGAUGUCAGUUCCCCAGAUUUAAAGGCUCCAUCUGGAAAGCUCAAACCGAUUACGUUUAAGAAAACAAAAGUUGACCUUUCCAGUCCAAAAGUGAAGAGUCCUGGGAUUGAUUUAAAUGCAGAAGCUCCUGAUCUCAGCCUCUCAGCUCCAACAGUUGAUACAGAUGUCAAAGUGCCAGAUGCUGAUAUAAAGCUUCCCACAGCAGAUGUUGACAUCAAUGCUCCCAAAGGAAAGAUAAAAUUCCCAACAUUCAAAAAGUUUCACCUGUCUGGUCCAAAAGUCAAAUCUCCUGAUGUUGACAUUGCUGCUGAUGUAAGUGGACCAGAUCUAAACCUAUCUGCACCUGAGGUCGGUAGUCCUGAUGUUAACGUGAGUCUUCCCAAUGCUGGGCUUGAUGUAGAUGUUCCCACUGCUGAUGUUGACAUCAAUGCUCCCAAAGGAAAGAUGAAAUUCCCAACAUUAAAAAAGUUUCACCUGUCUGGUCCAAAAGUCAAAUCUCCUGAUGUUGACAUUGCUGCUGAUGUAAGUGGACCAGAUCUAAACCUGUCUGCACCUGAGGUUGGUAGUCCUGAUGUUAAUGUGAGUCUUCCCAAUGCUGGGGUUGAUGUAGAUGUUCCCACAGCAGACGUUGACAUCAAUGCUCCCAAAGGAAAGAUGAAAUUCCCAACAUUGAAAAAGUUUAACCUGUCUGGCCCAAAAGUCAAAUCUCCUGAUGUUGACAUUGCUGCUGAUGUAAGUGGACCAGAUCUAAACGUGUCUGCACCUGAGGUUGGUAGUCCUGAUGUUAACGUGAGUCUUCCCAAUGCUGGGCUUGAUGUAGAUGUUCCCACAGCAGACGUUGACAUGAAUGCUCCCAAAGGAAAGAUGAAAUUCCCAACAUUCAAAAAGUUUAACCUGUCUGGCCCAAAAGUCAAAUCUCCUGAUGUUGACAUUGCUGCUGAUGUAAGUGGACCAGAUGUGAACCUAUCUGCACCUGGGGUUAGUGGUCCUGAUGUUGACUUGAGUCUACCAAAUGCUGGGGUUGAUGUAGAUGUUCCAGGCAUCAAUGCUGAAGCUGAGGGCUCCAAGCGUCGGUCAAAAUGGCCCUUCAAAUGGCGCAAAUCUGCUGAAUCAAAGGAUAUGGAUAUUAACAGUAAAGUACCAGAAGUAGAUGGUACCACUUCAGAAAUAAAACUCCCCAAAAAUAUACCCGUCUUCAAGACUCACAGUUUGCCUGCCAGCAACAUUGACAUUAUCUUGCAAGAACGCAGUGGAGCGGUUAACCUCAGUACUGACCCAACGAAAACAAUAACUGACACGGCUAUCUCUGUCUCACCAAUCAAGAAAAAUCUGAAAGUUUCAUCUCCAUCUGUUGGAGUCAAUGGACAGACAGUCGCUAUAGAUGUCCAGGAAAGGCUGAGGUUGUCUAACGCACGUACCACAAGCCCAGAUUUCGACAUAUCUUCAGAACCAGGCAGCCCUACAAAAGUGAACAGAGGAACAUUUAAAGUCACAAAGCCUGAUGCUGAAAGGGACUAUCCGGUAGUUGAUACUACUAGCAAGGAAGAUGAUGCCAAGAUGAACCUCAGCUUGAACAACAUGCUUUGUUUGACAACAGAUUAAAGCUCAAGUAAAACCAGAAGCCUUGUUAGUGUGGUUCCACAUCCAUUGCAUAUAGUUAAUGCAUAUGUAUAAUAUGUAUAAGAAAAAAAAAAAAAAAAAAAGUAUUCCUAACAGUUUACUGUAAAAGCGGAGGAGUACUGAUGGAGAAGCAUUAUAGAAUUUGACAGAUGUAUUAUUUUUUUAUUCAGUUAAACACAUAAUUGUAUAAUAAUCUCUUUAAAUGUUUAAUGAUUGUAUUGUCUCAAAAUGUAAACAAGAACAUGAAGGAAAAUACACUCAUCUGUAAUCUAUAAUUAUGUCUAUUUUGCCAGUUUUUUUUUAGUAAUAUAUAUAUAUAUAUAUAUAUAUAAAAUUGUCUUUUGUUUAUACUUUUUCCAUACCAGUUUUAUAAUUGUAUUCAUCAGUAUUGCAAAUGAAAAAACAACAACAACUACACAACAAAAAGUCCAAUUCUUACACCUAUUAAAAACCAAAUAUAUGUGUGGCUUUCUGUCUGUUUCAUAAAGCAUGUGUCCAUUAUGUUUGCAUAAGGCACAAAUCUCUUAAAAUACUUUAAUAAAGUUUAUCAUAUGAACAA